CAGCCGAGUGUGCCAAUGACGAGGAGUGUGGGAACGAAGCUUGGUGCGUGGAUGGCGAGUGCAUGUGCCGCCGGCUCGGUUUUGGAUUCAACAAAGACAGCAAGACGUGUCUCGAAAAGGAGUGCAUCAAGGAGUGUGGCAGAGAUCCUUCUUGCGCUUGGGACUCGGCUAAUUCCACCACCUGCUUUUGCAACAAGAGGCCCCUACCUCCCGACGUUUGUGCUACUGCGUGGGCGCAAAUCAAGGAACUCGGAGCAGUUUGGCUUUUACACGGGGGUGCCGGCAGAGCAGGCCAUUGGCAGCAGCGUGUGCGACAACCUCAACCUCGACAUCGACGCGGGCAUCGACGCGGACGCGGACGUCACGGUGGUGUGGGAUUACGACACCACCGGCAACAGCAACGGCGUGUCAAACUCACCGGUUCACCGCUAUUAGUUGGCUGCGAAAUCACCACGUGUCACAAGGAUUGUGGGGCUGCUGAGUGCGUUGUGAAGGAGGGCAAGCCGCAGUGCCAGUGCCCCGAGGGCCUCGUGUUCAACGCAGCCAAGAAGCUCUGCCGCGCUGCUCCUCCUCGUAGCCAAGUGCAAGCCUGCCUGCACUGGAAAUACCCGGUGCAUGUUGGAGGGAGGAAGGUCAGUGUGUGGCUGCAGGGAGGGCUUCCAAAUGGUGAACAAGAAGUGCCGGAGUAA